AUGGAUCCGUCUGAGACUACCGAGACUGUGGACGUGGCCCCGCCUGCCCCCAAGAAGAAGCUCAAGUACGUACCCGCUAUACCCAGCAAGGCCGCUCAUGUGGUCAUCUCGGUCUCUUAUGUGCCAUACGUCUUCUCCAUGGCCUCGAACAGCUCGGCUGACUAUCGGAUCUGUUGUGCUUGCCCCGAGACCAAGAAGAUCCGCGAUCAGUGCCUCGUCAAGUUCAACGAGGACAAGUGCGCCGAGUACAUCGAGGCCCACAAGAUCUGCCUGCGUAAGGAGGGCUUCAACGUUUGA